CGUCAGUACUCAGUCACUGUACUCGGCGGUUAGUUAGUGAACGAGUGCCGUCCGACGUAUUGGUUCUGUGUGUUGCGUGCCGUACGUGCAUUGCCGCCGUCCAAAAACGUAUCGUUUUCGCGUGUGCGUAAUAUACUAGACUUUUUCGAUACACGAGCGUAUCAUAUUAUCAUCGUCACUGUGUAUAACCUUUUUUACGAUAUUAUUGCAAUCAAAAAUAUUUAUUUAUUUUUUGCACAUAAAAUAUUAUAUAUUUUAUAAUUAUUAAUUAUUUUCAUUAUUUUUGCAAUAUAUUAUAACAUACAAAUCUAGGUAUAUAAAUUGUUACCGCAUAUUAUAGAGCACACGCUUGUACCGCUGUAGUAAUAUUGUACCGCACGCUCGUCGCCGUUUUGCGUCGUCCUGUCGUAACCUUUCGCCGUCAUUCGCACGUCCCGGACGGAUUCGUCGCAGUACCAUAUUAAUAUUAUUAUUAUGCAGUUGGCGCCGCCGUGCGCACGAUAACACCGACAGAUAACGGCGGAAACCCGUCUGGUAUAUAGUGUCGUCCGGUCGUAGGGUAGCGAUUUACGCAACGGUGCAAUAAAUAAAUACUAUUUAUAAUCAAUGAUAGCAGUAAUAUAAUAACAACCGACGGCGAUCAUCGCUGUCGCUGGACGACGCGGGAAAAGGACGAUACGCGUGAAGAUUGUCGGACGAUGACCACCACCGCUGAUAACACCGACGAAGACGAUUGCCGACUGGCGCACCACCACUUGCAGUGACUCUUCUCCUGGACGGUAUACUACCAGUACAUAUAGUGAUUUCGCUUACGACAGACCGUGUACAUCACUAUCAUCAUCAUCAUCGUUAUCGGUAAAACCGCACGCGGUUCAGAUGUCGGCUGGCGCCACCGGUUCGUAGGCGAUGUCAAACGACACGUGAUCGACAGUCGCAAUCGAUCGCGACAACCACAGUCAUUGUUAACGACGGCAUAAUAAAUGUCUUCGUCGUCGCCCAUAUCAUCUUCGUCGCCAUCGCCGUCGCCGUACUACCAUCAUCAACAACAGCAGCAUCAACAGCAACAGCAACAACAGCAAUAUAACAACCACCAUCAGCAGCAGCUCCAACACCACCUGCAGCAACAACACCUGCACGCGGGAGGCUCGUCGGCGGCAGCCAACGCGGCCGUCAACAGCAUUCUGCUAUCGCCGUCGGCAGGUGCCGGCGUGACGUCCGUCGGACUGUCGCCAUCGCAGGGUGUCGGCGGCGGUGUCGUUGGAGACAUGCAGCAGCAGCAGCAGCAGCAGCAACAGGCCUCGACGGUAGCGAGUGCGGUAGCGGCCACGACCACUUCGCUGUUGCAACAGUGCUGUUCGCCGCCACCAUCGUCGGGAUCGUCGUCCAGCGUUGUGUUAAGAAAAGCUCAAAUCGAGAUCAUACCGUGCAAGGUGUGCGGCGACAAGUCCAGCGGUGUCCACUACGGCGUGAUCACGUGCGAGGGCUGCAAAGGAUUCUUCCGGCGGUCGCAGUCGUCAGUGGUCAACUAUCAGUGCCCGCGCAACAAGAAUUGCGUGGUGGACCGCGUAAAUAGAAACCGGUGCCAGUACUGCCGGCUCCAAAAAUGCCUGCGGCUGGGCAUGUCCCGUGACGCGGUCAAGUUUGGGCGCAUGAGCAAGAAGCAGCGAGAAAAGGUUGAAGACGAAGUGCGCUUCCACAGGGCGCAGAUGCGUUCAACAGCAGCUGCCGCAGCUGCGGCCGCUGCUGCAGCGGUGGCCGCGCAGGCCACAGCCAUCGACUGCUGUUCGACCACGACCGGCGUUGGCAGCGGUGGUGGUACCGCGGCCGUAGCCGCUGACUCGUCAGUGUUCGAUCACGACCAACACGGGCAGCAGCAUGGGCACGGACAACAGCAACAGCAGCAGAUGCCCUCUAGCACCGCCGACCAUGGGCUGCGCUUACACCAACUACACAGUGGGGGAGGACAUCUCUCGCAACACCACCAUCAGCAGCAGCAGCAACAACAGCAGCAACAACAACAGCAACAGCAGCAACUACAGCAACAGCAACAACAGCACCAGCAACACCAGCUCCACGGCCAGCAGCAACAAUUUAACAUAAACAGCAAUGUGCAGCAGGCUUACGCCGCGGCCGCAGCUGCAGCCGCUGCAGCAGCAGCAGCCGCCGCGGCCGGCGGUGGCGUCAAUGGGGCCAACGGUGGCACAGGAGUCGGGUAUGGAGGUGGUGGAUACAACAGCACCGGUGGAACGAACGCGGCCGCAGCAGCCGCGUCGCUUGUAGUGGACACGUUCGCAGCAUACGCGGCAGCGGCCACCUCGUCAGCGGUGCAGGCCGGCGCGAGUGGUUCCGUGCCGCCCCCUUACGACACGGCGGCAACGAGCAGCAACUACGUAGCGGACAGUACGACACCGGCAGCGUCCAGCACGACACCGUCGACGGCCGCGGCCACGUCCACGUACGGCGGUGACAUGGAAGUGUCGUCGGUGGCGGCCGUUGCGUCUGGAGCACAGGACAACUUGAUGGCCGGCGUUUCCGGUUCUACGGCCGCUGUUUCUUCGGCAGCAGACGCCGUACAGAUCAGUGAGCUGCUGAGCAAGACCAUCGCAGACGCGCACGCCCGCACGUGUUUCUACACGCUCGACCAGAUACACGAUGGCAUGUACCGAACGGCCACCAUGGCAGCGGCCAACAAGGCGACUGCCGACAAAUUGAUAAUGUACAAGACCAUGCCUCACGAGGAGCUGUGGUUGGAGUGUGCACAAAAGUUGACGUCAGUAAUUCAGCAGAUUAUUGAGUUUGCGAAAAUGGUGCCCGGCUUCAUGAAACUAUCGCAAGACGACCAGAUCGUGCUACUCAAAGCGGGAAGUUUCGAGUUGGCAGUGUUAAGGAUGUCCCGACAUUAUGACCUACACCGAGACUGCGUCUACUACGCAGAUGCCCUGUUGCCAGCCGACGCGUUUUACACACAAGACACAGUCGAAAAGAAACUGGUCUCGUUGGCUUUCGAAGUGAGCCGUUCCGUGGCUUCGUUGAAACUUACUGAAACCGAGCUAGCCCUGUACUCGGCCGUCGUGUUGCUGUCGCCAGACCGGCAAGGCUUGAAAGGCACCGUGGAAAUCGGUCGCCUUAGACAGGCCAUUCUGCGUGCUCUGCGCAUGGAGCUCGAUCAUAGGACCGCGGGUGGAAAAAAUGCCACCACCGUCGAUCUGCAACAUCAGCAGCAGCAUCAUCAACAGCAGCAACAACAGCAGAAUCAAGUGUGCGAUGCCCUCAUACAAAAGAUCCCGAUACUCAGGCAACUGGGAAUGCUGCACAUGGAAGCGUUGGCCAAGUUGCGACGUACGGUGCCGCACUUGGAGUUCCCGGCCCUACACAAGGAACUGUUCUCGGUCGACGGCAGUUGAUCUGAGGAGGAGGGCUGCGACGACGACGACGACGACGAUGACGACGGCGGCGGCGGCGGCGGCGGCAGUGGUAGCGGAAGCGGUGGUUGCGGCGGCACCGGUGACGACUCGGCGGAGGACUCAUCUACGAUCGUCAUCGCGUCGGUGAUCUCUUUAGCUGGCGGACUGGAAUAAGAGCUGCAGCAGCAGUAAUGAGCAAAGUCGUCGCAGACGGGCUGUGUACCAUAUUAUACUAUAUUAUAUUAUUAGUAUAUUAUAUUUUAAUAUAAAAAGAAAAGUUAAAAUAAAAAAAAUAUUUUUUUUUUUUUAAUUGCAAAAUCUCGCGAUAUCACACACCGCCGUCGCAUAUUUAAUAUAUUCUAUUAUAUAUUAUAUUAUAUAGUGUUGUUUUGUUACAAGGUAGUGUCUCAUAUUGUAUAUCGCGUGUUUACGAAAUAGAAUAUUGAUAUUAUUAUUAUUAUUACUAUUAUUACUGUUGUUGUUAUAUAGUAUUUUUAUAUAUAUAUAUACGGGACAUAAAUCCCCUGCAGGUAAAUAAUGAAUAGGUAUAAUAAUUAUGUACAAUUAUGUUUGUGUGAAUAUUUUCCCUGUCUGAAAUGUUUAAGAGCGUCGCUUGUAAAAAACGGUUUCCAUCGCGGGAGGAGAUGUGUGUGUGUGUUGAAGAAGAGAGCUUAUUCUCGUUGUAGUCGCCUUGCGUCUAUAUUUGGUGCGUGUGUGUGUGUGACUGAGUGAGUGGACGAAAGAUUUCGUCGUUGUUGUCUCUGUUAAUCUUCGGAUCGAGCGCUGUUUGUUUAGGUACGUACGUUAAUCGUAGUCGAUGACGAUCGUACACGUACUGCACACGUCGCGUUCACACGUUAUAUAAUAAUAUAAAUCGAUAAAACGAAGUAAUAAAAUAAUAUUAUAUUACCGCGCGUAAUUGUAACGUCUACUGCCGACGUGCAUCGCGGCAUAUGUUGUUUUUUGUACUAUUUAUUGUUAUAUUAGGGAAAAUAAAAAAAUUUAUAAAAGAAUUUCAUUUUUGAUCAGCGUACUUAGGUACCACGCGUGUUACACUUUUUUCGUCGUCGUCGUCGUAGUUGUAAAUAAUAGUAUUUAGUGUGUGUUCUAUGUGCGCCGCUAUAAUCACAUAUUAUAUAUUGUAUAAUAUUAUUAUGAUUAGAAUACGUAUAUUAUUAAUUUAUAAUAAUAAUAAUAAUAUAUAUUGAUAUCGUGUUAAAAAAAUGGGUGGGAGGGGGGGAGGAAUAGUGCCGGCGGCCGAGGAGGGUUUUAUUCAUCAUUAUUGUUUAUAUUUUUUUUUCUAUCGAAAACUCGUUAAUAUUUUCUAUGUAUAAAUUUGUACGAAAAACUGAGGAAAAUAAAUCUAAUUAAUAUAAACUCACUCUACACACUCGUCACGUCAUAUUAUUGUAUUGUACACACACACACACACUUGUAUAGCUGUCGCUAUCGUACCUAUUGUAUAAUAAUGUGAUAUCGAAUAAAUUUUGGGUGCGAUAUAAUAAAUAUAAUUGUAUCAUAUUUUCUACACGUAUUUAGGUACGAUAUUUUAUAGAUAUUAUACUGACUAUUAUUACGUGUAUAAUAUUAUAACUCUGUGUAGAUAGAUAAAUAUACAUAGAUAGGUAUAUAUAUUAUUAUAAAAUGUGGCCGCCGCCACUUCGCGUUUAAAUAUAAGUAAUAAUAAUAAUUAUUAUAAUUAUUAUUUUUAUUAUUAUUAUAUUAUAUGUUACGUGUUUUUGUGUUUUGUAUAAAUUAUAAUGUAUAAGAGUCGUCGUCGUCGUCGUCAUCUACUACAAUACUCUUUAUUAUUUUUUUCUCUAAGCGACUUAACAUAUUAUUAUGUAUAUAAUAUAUACGAUAACUUAAGCUAUAUAUACAUUGAAUGUCGUGUGUUUAAAAUAGUGGUGACACAGCAAAAAGUUGUAGCACAUAUUAUUAUAAUAUAUUAUGUAUGUAUUUUAUUCGUAAGUCGUUCGACGACGACGAUUAUGGCACUGGCUACGUAUUUUUAUUUAUGUAUACGUGUAAUAUAUGAAUAUAUCAUAUAAAAUAUUAUAAUACGCGAAUAGUUUUAAUUUGUUUUCGUUAAUAUUAUUAUUAUAAAAUUGAAUAGGAAAUUUAACGUGAUGUGGGGUAAUUAUAUUGUGAAAUUAAUCGAUAAGAAGACGGAGUGAAAAUGUGUAAAAUACGAUUUUUAAUAUUUAAAGAGUAUAAUAUUAUAUAAUAUAUAUAAUUAAAUUGGUAUAUAUAUACA